AGUAAAAAUAAAUUUUAACCUAAAAAUUUUGCAAUAUUUUGAUAAUUGAGUACUUUAUUUCCUUUAUUUUUUGCAUUAAAGAACAUUAUAAACUAUGGAAGACGAACAUAUAACUGGUAUUUGUCUUGGCAUGUGUCCGGAAGAAGAAAUAAAAUUAAGGCAAAGAGAAGGUUUAUUGCAUCGUUUGGAGGUUUUCAAUCCUGAACGAAAUACGAAUAAAUCCAAUUAUUGCGCAGUCAAACAAUUUUCUAGAUCAGCUGCAGGUCAGAAUAUGCAGAAUGUUAAACUCCUUCGACCUGGACCAGUUUUAAUGCACACUGUAAAAUACUUGUUGGAUGAAGUAAUUAACUCAAAAGAAUGUCCUUGGCAUGUUGUUUAUGCUUUCAUAACAGAUAGAUUAAGAGCUGUCAGACAAGACAUGAUAAUCCAAAGAAUUUCUAGAUCUUAUUGUGUGGCCAUUUUGCAGCCUAUUAUUGGAUUUCAUGCAUAUGCAGCUUAUAGAUUGUGUAACGAACCUGUACCAAAUUUUGAUCCUGUGUUAAAUAAGCAACAUUUAAAUGAAUGCUUAAAGAUGUUACUCAGUCUAUAUGAUGAAUUUGAAAUGUUCGAAGAGCAAUAUCCUAAUGAACUAUUAGCAAAAGUUAAAUGGGGAUCAGAUAUUCAGAGUUACAAUUAUGAUGUAAAUUUUGAAAAAACAAGACCUUUCAUGGAAGCCUUAUAUUUGGUUUUAAAUUUGGGACAUUCUGAUCCUAUAUUAAGAGGUUUAAUAUUGCCAAAAAAAUUUAAGUAAAUCUUUUUUGCAGUAAUUCGAAGUGUUAGUGGAGUAGUUGUUUUUAUAAUAAUUACUUUGGUUUAGCCAUAAUAAUGACAAAGGAAUAUUUGAUAUUAGAGGAUGAAUUAUUGGGAUUUCAAAAAAUUGUUUAACACGCCCUUUUUUAUUUGUAUUAUUUUAUAACAAUUUUUUCGUAACUUUAGUUCUUUAAUGAAGUAACUAAUUUACUAAAUAUUAUAUUAUAGUACCUAUAAUAUCUAGUUAUCAGCCAGUUAUAGCAGUAUAUCACCAUUUACUGGUAUCUUCUGCUAAUUGAACAAGGGCCUCACUAAGCUAUCUACUUGCUCAACUGAAUUAACGACGCAGCUUAUACAUAUGAAAGCGCGUAAACCAAAUUAAAAGCUCUUGAUAAGUACUUGAUUGAAACAACUUGACGUUGAUCGCGAUUUCGAUUAUAUUAUAUCUCAUUAGCACGCGUGUUUUACGUGUUUAUCACAUACAUAAUAAGCUGCGUCGUCUAUUCGGUUGGAUAAGUACUUCAGUUAGUAGCAGAUAUCAAUAGAUGGCGAUAUAUUGCCAUAACUACAUAACAGGCAGUUUUUAAAAAUCUUCGAUUUGGUCGGUGAUUUAUUGAGACUGCCUAUUGUUUGCCGAUAAAAUUUAGUAAUAUCAAAAUAACGGUCUAUGUCUGGUAGUUUCGUCAAUAAUUUAUACAUUCACUAGUGCUUAUAAGUAAAUGUUUAAUUUCUAGAACAAACAUUGUGAAUAAAGUGUUAGAUAUGUCCCUAUUUUACCGAAAGGGAAACUGGGUUAAAGUAUGUCAUUUAAUGAAAGGGUUUCCACCACUUUUGGCGGCAGUUGCAUCACUGCAUUUACCAGAGAUCAGGAA